UCAUUUUUCGCAUAAAACCGUUUCAUAUAAAAUAUCGGUAAAAAUACGAAUGCGCUAAACAUUCCAAUUUCGUGAAAAUUAUUGUAUAAAUUCCCAAAAAAGUGUAUUAUUGUUUUAAUUCAGAAAAAUGUAUGUGAUUAAAUUUUUGUGAUGGAAGGAAACGAGCAACAUCACUUUCACAUUGUGCUAACGUUUGUACUAAAUACUUUUCGCGAUUACAUUCUUUUCAUUUGUUACCCCAAAAUUGUCAAAACAAAACAUCAAAGAUUUUACGGAUUUUUAUCAAUAGUGCGAAAAGCUUCUAGUUCUUUAUUGGCCGCUACUAUUUCCAUCGUAUGUAGUAUGUCGGAACAAUCGUCUUCUUCCGCAGAACAACAUCCGUUGAAAAGAAAACCCAUCUCUGCUGAUGGUCCCACGACUUCUAAAUCAAUCAUCCUGGAGAAAAACGGCGAGAAGAAAAUACUCAAAAAAAUAAAACUCAAAAGUUCUACUUCCAAAUUGAAGUCAGCAACAGCGAUCACUUCACCCUCAAGUAAACCCACGAAGCAGUUGGAGGAUUCUCGGAAAUCAUUCGAAUGCACAUUCUGUAAAAGCAAAUUUUCAAAUCAAGCGCUGCUGAAAGUACACUUUCUGAAGCAUGGACUGGAAUCGGGACGGAUUGCUGACAACCCCGACGAAAAGGGAAAACAACGACAAGGUACCCGGCCAGUCACCAGUUCGCUGAUGCUAAUCGAGUGCGAAUGGUGCCCGGAAACGUUCACGACCAUGUCCCGGGCGAUAGAGCACAAAAAUCGAAAGCACAGCUACGAAAGCAAAAAUUAUUUCUGCCAACUUUGCGGCCGACUGUUCCCUUUGAAGGUUGCACUGGAGCAGCACCAUAAUCUGGAACAUCGUGACGAAAAGAAGCAGACCAAGACUCCACGGCUAGAUUUUAUUUGUGGCUUCUGCGGCGCCGAAUUUGUUUCGCAAACCGCCAUGGAAUUACAUGUAAAGACUGCACACAAUUUGGAAAAACGUAUGAUGGCCCACCCCUUCAUUCCAAAUCCCUCGAAAAAAGUACGGCUCAACCAAGCCGGCGAAAUCAUUUCUAUUUUCUACUGCCACCUGUGUGGAUCGGAGUACAUGCUUAAAUUUAACCUGCUGAAACACGUGGAAGAUCAUCAUACGGCCGAAGAACGAUGUGCAAUCCCCGACGAAAUGCUAAAGUGUAGCACCUGUGAUUCGGUGUUCUACAAUAAAAAAGCAUUCGAUGCCCACAAUGUGCACCACAAACCGGAAGAUCUGUACGUCACCAGUGAAGAGCACCGGCUCAACAUAGUGGCCCGGGUGGAUCAGGACUACGAUUAUCGACGGGUGCCAACUGCGCUGGACAAAGCCCUGGGUAGCUCCGAGUCGGCAUCGGCACUGGCCAAACGCCAUCGAUCCAAGGUGAAAAAACCAAACCGAACAGACGAUAGUACUACGGCAUCUUCUUCCAUUCCCGGUACAUCAUCAUCGGAAGGGAAACCGGUGCUAGAUUUGCAGGCGCUGGCUGCCGGCAGUGAUGUGAUUGGAAUGGACGUACUGAAGAAGCUAUUCGGGGAGGCCGGUGCUGAAUUUCCUUCCCAAUAAGGUACCAUUUAUGGCAUUUAUUACUGCUUAGACGGCUUUCUGAAUUGAUUAAAAUAUGCUAUUGUAACGUCAUUGGUAA